AUGCCAUGCCAAUUAAACAACUUUGAAGCCUUCUUUCAAUCAAAAAUCGACUAUAAAAAUUUCGAGACAUACCAACAAUCUGUUUUAAUUGCUAUACUUUCAAAGUUUGCAACAAUUACAAUAAAAAAGCCAAGAAAAGCCACAAAGGUGACAGAAGUACACCCACUAAUCCAAACAAUAGAUUUUGGGGAUGACAUGGUCAAUGUAGCUUCAUUGGCUUGUUCAAAGUGUCAACUAAAUUAUAAAAAAGAUUGUAAUAAAAUGAAGUACCAUGCUGCAUUCUGUCGAUUCGAAAAGAACAAAAAGAACUUUGUACAAAAUUUGUUGAUAGAUAUGUUGCUCGAGUUUGGGUUCUUUUUCGAGUCAAAAAUGGCCAAAAAGUCAACGAAGACAAUUCAAUUAGAAAGAAUUGCAUCAGUUUUUUACAAAGGAAGAUUAACACUGGAUUUUCAAGAGUUUGUUUUAUGUGGAAAAGAAGUGACUGAUUACAUUGGAAAAGAGUUUCAGAGAAACCAAAGUACUAUUGUAAUUAAAAACGAUCCUAUUAUAUCCUCUUUAUUGGACAAAUAUAUUUUGUAA